GUCAUUAUCAAUUAUCAACUUCCGGUAACUCAUGUCAGCUGUUCAAAUUCCAAUAUUUCGACCGAUUUGUGUUGGAUAGCAUGAAUAUUUUGUUUUUACCAAAAAAAAUAUUAAUAUUUGGGUUUAUGAUAUCGCUGUUGCGCUGUUAAGCGUAUGUUGUACUCGCACUUUGUGAGGUUUAUAUUCUCAGGAAGGGGGCGUGUACUGCUACAUGUAUAUACUACAGACAACUUGCAAAGUUCGCUGAUUUAUCAGUUUACGUUAACUGAUAAAGUACAAAUUUACUGUUAUCUUCUACAAACGAAGUUUGGGCACAAUAUUCAAUGCCAAUAGCAUGUUCAGUGCGGAUUUAAAUUAACUAUUUCUCUAGUUGAACAAUGGCAGAUUAAUGUGUCGAUACGAGUUGAUACAGGAUGAAUAGAAGAUAGGGCACAUAGAAUAAUAUCCUUCAAGAACACAUCCGGCCAACCAUGAGCGGCGCGCGCACCAACGGAAGUGGACCACCAGCGCAAGGGGGCGUCAAAGUUCAGAACGUGAAACUCGUGUUACUAGGGGACCAGGGGGUGGGGAAGUCCAGCAUUGCGCUGAGGUUCGUGAGAGGGGAAUUCACGGAAAACUCGGAGGCCACAGUUGGGGCGGCCUUCCUUACCCAAGUGGUGAAUAUCUCACAACAGAGUAUCAAGUUCGAUAUCUGGGAUACCGCAGGACAGGAGCGAUAUCACAGCCUGGCACCAAUGUAUUACCGCGGAGCACAGGCGGCAGUAGUCGUGUAUGAUAUCACCAGUCAGAAGUCAUUUACCCGAGCAGUGAGUUGGAUCAAGGAGCUGAAACAGCAGGCGAAUUCCCAGAUCGUCAUCCUGCUCACCGGAAACAAGGCGGACCGGGCCGCCGACCACCGGAAGGUCUCCAAAGAUGAAGGCCAGAGGUUGGCAGAAGAGAACAAUCUCAUUUUCACGGAAUGCUCCGCCAAAACGGGAAUGAGUGUUGGCGAAAUCUUCAUGUCAAUAGCGCAGACGAUGGCGCGACAUGGCGUCCCAAGCCCGGAAAAAGACGCGGGAAAAUCGGUUAAACUGGAGAAAGAUUCCGGGAAGAAAGGGUGUUGCUAGGAGACCAGCAAAUUACACUGGAUAUCGUGAAGGUCUUAUUUUAGACAUAAUCUGUGAUAAAGAUGUGCUGUAAAACUGCACAUUACUAACGUGUUAUUAAAACUGUUUUAAGAUUUUAUAACAAACGGUUUUCAAUGUUUUAGCUUAUUUCACAGUGAUAUGCCUUAUUUUUAGACUUUGUUAUGUUCGUCACUUGUAACAUAAAGUUCGAGUUUUACAAAUUGUAUUGUUGAUGCUGGUUUUCUUGUUAUGCAUGUUUCGCGAAAAUAGCAAUAAAAACUUCAUUUUA